AUGUGUCAGAGCGCGCACGAGUGGGUGUGCGAGCAAUAUCGAAAGAUGUGCCGCCUCUUCGCCGAAAUUUUCCUCAACCUGUUUGUCGAAGCCUCCAGUCGCAAGAAGAAGACACUGUUCGCCGAGCGCCUCUUCAAAGCAUGCGAGAAUCUCGUCGCUCUGAAAGGCAGUCUCGAGCACGUCGUCAGCAGCGCGGAUGCUCGCCAGCACGGCCCGCCGUCGGUCGCGAGCGCGAGUGUGCUGGUGGGGGCCGACAUGUUUGGAAAGACCUUCCUCGCGGGCAUCUCCAUCGCCGCCGCCACCCUCGUCACCACCAUCUUUGUCGGUCUCUGA